AUGACGAUGGCUGUGGCUCCUCCUCUAACCCUGGACAUGGACCGGUCCAUGGAGCAGCUCCGUCGGUUCUCCUAUACCGACGCUGCCCACGGCAAGGAGCUCUACAGCUUCUACGGCAACCGGGUCAUCGAGCACGUCACGGCCUCGGGCAGCACGGUGGCCAUCAAGGUCAAGACGCCCGACGCCAUGGACUCGACCGAGGCCGACAUGAUGCACCACGCGGCCACCAACAACAUCCUGGCGCCCAAGGUGCUCACCUUCUACGACAUCGUCGUCAACAAGUCCAUCGCGCGCGCCAUGGUCAGCGAGCGAGUCCCCGGCGUGCCCCUCUCCGACGUCUGGAACGACUACGACGAGGACCAGCAGGAGCACGUCAAGGACCAGCUCCGCGCCCAGCUCGCCCGCAUGCGCCAGGUCACGCAGCCCUACAUCGGCCGCGUGGACAGGCAGCCCACGCGCAACAUGUUUGACCGCACGCAAAACUCCACCUGCGGGCCCUUCGCCACGGAGAAGGAGUUCGACAGGUGGUGCCUCGGCCACGUCGCCGCGAAGCCCCUGGCGCGGCUGAGAUGGAGGCUCGCCCUCCGGCACAUGAGGAAGGAUCCCAGCAUCAAGGACCCCAAGGCUGCCAGCAACGACUUUGACAGGCGCCAGCGGUUCGUCCUGACGCACGGGGACCUCACGCCCCGGAACAUCAUGGUGGACGGCACCACGCUGACGGGGAUCGUGGACUGGGAGAGGAGCGGGUUCUAUCCCGAGUAUGCCGAGUAUGCCUUUGCCAUGGUUCUCUGCCACGAGCAUGAGAAGUGGUGGAUCCCGGUCUUGAAGGACAUCCUCGCCCCGUGCUCGGAGCAGAGGCUUGUGUUCACUCGCCUGGUGGAGGACAACUACCCCUACUGA